AUGGGUUGUUGCAUCUCAACAAGCAGUAGGAGUACUUGUAGCAGCAAGAGCAAUGGAGAUAUGGUCUCUCCAUCUUGCUUAGAAAUUGGAUGCUGUGGCCAAAAGAGAACAAGGAGAACAUUCUCUGAUCAUGUUAUUUCUCUCCACCAUUUACCAUCCUUACCUAGCAGAAUUUUCUCCAAUGGAAAGAGCCGCGGUUCGUGCAUAUUUACACAGCAGGGCCGCAAGGGUAUUAAUCAGGAUGCCAUGAUUGUGUGGGAAGAUUUCAUGUCCGAAGAUACUAUCUUUUGUGGUGUCUUUGAUGGCCAUGGUCCACACGGUCAUCUAGUCGCGCGCAAAGUGAGGGAUGCAUUGCCAAUUAAGCUAAUUUCGUCUUUGCAUUCUAAUGAAUCUAAGCGAAAUGGGUCAGGUAAAACUUGCUUCAAAGGGAAUGUAAAACCUGAUAGUGGAGAAUCUGAGAAGGAUUGCUCUGCGGAGGAUAAACUGAACUCAACAUGGAGGGAAGCUUUCAUGAAGGCAUACAAGGCUAUGGACAAAGAGCUCAGGUCUCAUCCGAAUCUGGAUUGCUUCUGUAGUGGGAGCACUGCUGUGACUAUAGUGAAGCAGGGUUCAAAUCUGUUCAUGGGCUAUAUCGGGGAUUCUCGAGCAAUCAUGGGAUCCAAGGAUAGCAAUGACUCCAUGGUGGCUAUUCAGUUGACUGUUGAUUUAAAGCCUGAUUUGCCAAGGGAAGCAGAGAGAAUUAAGAAGUGCAGAGGUAGGGUAUUUGCUUUGCAAGAUGAGCCUGAAGUGCCUAGGGUGUGGUUGCCUUUUGAUGAUGCGCCGGGAUUAGCCAUGGCUAGAGCAUUUGGUGAUUUCUGCUUGAAGGAGUAUGGUGUGAUUUCUAUACCUGAAUUUUCUCACCGGCAGCUUACAGACAGAGAUCAGUUCAUUGUUCUUGCCUCAGAUGGGGUGUGGGAUGUUUUAAGCAACGAGGAGGUGGUUGAGAUAGUAUCUUCAGCGCCAACGCGAUCAUCAGCGGCAAGGAUUCUGGUAGAUUCUGCUGCUAGGGAGUGGAAACACAAAUACCCUACAUCAAAGAUGGAUGACUGUGCUGUAGUAUGCUUAUUUUUGGAUGGGAAAAUGGACUCGGAAUCUGAUUACGAGGAACAAGGCUUUUCUUCUGCAACCAUCCAAAGCAACCAUUCAGGUAACCCCAUUGAGUCAGAUGAUGGACAAAAAUCUGAGCCAUCAUUGCAAAGGAACUUCACUGUGAGAUCCUCAGAGGAAAAUGAGGCAAAUGGAGCACUAUCUGUUGAUGUUGUUGAAGAUGCAACAUCAUCAGCUGAUGAUCAAAACUGGUCAGGUUUGGAAGGGGUCACUCGUGUAAACUCACUUGUCCAACUUCCUAGAUUUUCUGAGGAAAGGCCAAAAUCUUGA